UGUGGCGAUAAUAAUUGAACUUGUAGUUAAUUAACAAGGUGGGCUGCGUUCCCUGUCUUAUGUCAUCAUAUCACCUCAAAGUAGUUAACUGACUGCCUCCAAACCGCCGAUACAGUGUAUCGCAUCUGUUAAGCAGAUGUCUGGGAUCUAGCUGCCCAUCGUUUCGAUUCCUGACUAUUAUUUAUGGAGGGAACAGAUCUGAAAUGUCUCUGCGUCAAACCAUCACGAGGAAAUCUGCCGUCUCGAGCCACCACCUAUCGUGACAAGCCCUGGUGGUCCCCAAUCUAGCUACUCAGGACCUUUUGUUCACCCUCUCUUCUUCUCUCGACAAUGGCCUCUCCAGGGCAGGCUCCCGAUUUCCAGAGCAUCACCGCCCUGAUCAAGACGCUUACCAAUGUUCAACUGAAGGAUAUCCUCCGAAACGAAGGCCUCACCGUUUCUGGCGUUAAGGUGUCGCUGCAGCUCCGCAUUAUUGACUAUAUUGAGAGACUCUACCAAGGCGGACAUAUCGAUCGCUAUAAUCAGCUCAAAAAGUUCAUCUAUGCCACUGCUCACCGGUCCCUGCCUAGCUCUCUGAGUCUGUCGCCAUCAGCACAUCCAAAUAAUCCUAGUUCCACACUCCAGCCCACCUCUGCACAGAGUAGGCAGUCCUCCCUUGGGUCAGGGAUGACAUCACAACCAUUCUCGACAGGCCGUUUGACUUUCAAAGAUAGUCCAUUUUAUACCAUCCUAGAGCCUCUUACCCCGACUAUGGAAUGCAAAGUCCGAGAACAUACAAGGGAUAGUGUCGAACUUAGGGUGGUUCUUAACACGUCUGUUGCUGCAAAACUACAGAAUGAUCCGAACGUUAGAGUAAUGGUCUACUGCGCCGCAGAUACUGGUCUCAAUCAGUACUCGAAAUCAGACAUUGCAUUUCCUCAUCAGGUUGAAUUAAAGGCGAAUCUCGACGAGGUUAAGGCAAACCUCAGGGGCCUCAAGAACAAACCUGGGUCAACAAGACCAGCUGAUGUGACAAACCAUAUCCGGAAAAAGCCAGGCUAUCCUAACCAUAUUGUCAUGACAUACGCCCUGACCCAGAAGAAGUUUUUCGUUCUCGUAAACCUAGUUCAGCGACAUCCUGUUGAGGAACUCGUGGCAAAGCUGAAAGCGAGAAAGACCAUCUCCAAGGAACAGGUAGUCCGAGAGAUGAGAAGCAGAGCGGAAGACUCAGAUAUCAUCACGACUUCCAGCAUUAUGUCCUUAAAAUGCCCCCUAUCGACCCUGAGGAUCGAGGUCCCAUGCCGAUCGGUCAUAUGUACCCACAACCAAUGCUUUGAUGCGUCUUCCUUUCUUCAACUACAGGAGCAAGCACCUACCUGGACGUGUCCUGUCUGUAACAAAGCCACGAGCUUUGAAUCAUUGCAGAUUGAUCAAUAUGUGGACGAUAUACUCCGGUCUACUCCCCCAGAAGUCGAUCAAGUCAUAGUAGAGCCCACUGGCAAAUGGUCGAAUCCAAAGGACGAAGAAUCAACACCACAGGGUGGUGGAGUGACACCCGCCACUGAUGACGACGAUGACUUAAUAGAGAUUAAAGAACCCUCCACGGUGCCGUUAAAACAGGAACCCCUUCCAGUGCAUAUUACACUGCAACGGACACCUGCGCAGUCACGGGAGCCAUCGACUACCUCGUCUGCUACGAGACCAUCAUCCAACAAACGAUCAGCCGCCCAAGUGAUCGAUCUCACAGGCAGUGAUGAUGAGGAAACUCCACCUAGGCAACCAAAGAGGCAGGCUCUUAGUCUCCCGGGCCAAUUGUUCCCUCAACACAGAUUGCAGGGCUCUUUUGGCCACACUUCGGGGAACGGGGCGGACUCGAAUUUCUCUUACCAAAACGGCUUCUGA